AUGUCACGAUCGGAUCAUACUCCUCCUCCGCUUCCGCCGCCUCCUUCCGCCGACCCGCAUCCGCUGGCGGAUCUCGGCGCCGAUCUCGCGAUCACAGCCAACUGGAUCUCGCUCUUCUCCGCCGGCCAGUGCCAGCUCGUCCUCGACGAGGCGGACGAGGCCCGUGCAGAAAUGGCGGCUCGUCUGUCCGAGUCGCCCACUCGCACGGUCGCCUGGCCGCCUCCCCUCGGCCUCUCCACCCCCCUCGGACGCGUCCUGGCCCACAUGAUGCCCAGCUCAGAGUCCCACUACAUCUCCACAUCCACAUCCACAUCCACAUCCACCUCCACGCCCACGCCCGCGUCUCAUUCCGGUUACGGCUACGACUACGGCGACGGCGACGGCGGCGCUUCUGCUUUUCACAGUUUCCUCGAUUCUCCAAACCGCCUCGUCGGCCCGCCCCGUUCUUGCAGAUCCACAGCGCCCGAGUCGCUCGUAGACUCGACCCACUCGUUCGAGCUUUCGGCAGUCUCUUCUGCCUCUCAUCUGCCGGCCGUCUCGCUGUCGGCCGACUGGUCCGGCCGGCUGGCGCUGGCUCGUCUGGCUCCGGUCGACGCCAUCUCGCCCCGGCCACGGCCGUCACCGGUCUCCAUUUGGAGGCCGUACCUUGACGACACGCAAAUGGCCUCCACCCAAUCGGGGCCUCUUUGCACAAACGUAAGUCACCUUCUAUAUAUAUGCCACAUGUCACACAUGCACAGCCGAAAUAUUUUUCGUGUGAAAGUAAAUCAAAUUAAUUGGAUGUAUUCACCAUAUUUUGUUGACAGUCGAAUUUCCCAUUAA